GGCGGGGCGAUCCGUGUCGAUCGGCGGAGCUAACGGAGCCUCGCGAGCGUCCGGAUCCGGCCAUGUCCGAUUAUCGGAUCUCGGUGGAGGAGCUGAACGACCUCCUUGCGAACGGCAGCGGUUGCUACAGCCUGCCAAGCGCGCACAGCAACGAGGUGGUGCCGCGCAUCCACGUGGGGAACGCGUUCAUAGCCAAGAACAUUAUGAAGCUGCAGCGCCUGGGGAUAACCCAUGUUCUGAAUGCAGCAGAGGGGAAGUCAUUCAUGCAUGUGAACACUAAUGCAGAAUUCUAUGAAGGCACAGGCAUCACAUACCAUGGCAUUAAAGCUAACGAUACGCAGGAAUUUAACCUCAGUCGAUAUUUUGAGGAGGCAGCUGAUUUUAUUGAGAAAGCACUUUCCCAGAAGGAUGGACAAGUGUUUGUGCAUUGCCGUGAGGGCUACAGCCGUUCUCCUACGCUGGUCAUCGCCUACCUCAUGCUUCGCCAGAACAUGGAUGUCAAGUCUGCUUUGGUCACUGUCCGGCAAAAGAGAGAGAUUGGCCCUAAUGAUGGCUUCCUAAGGCAGCUUUGUCAGCUAAAUGAGCAGUUAGUGAAGGAAGGCAAAGUGAAGCCCUGAAACAGAGCGCUGUAGUGUUUCUGGGGUGUUUUCUCAAACCAUCAGAGGAUAUAUGAAGUGCUUUAGAUUCCUAACCCCCCAGCCGCCAAGCUAAGUCACGUUGUGUGAGGGAGGCAGAAUUCCUGCUCUUGUCUAGUGAAGGGGUCUUUCUCAAACUGUGGGUCUGUCUUUCAAGGUGGCACAACUUGUUGUGUCGCUUGUGGGAGUUGUUGCAAUAUAGAGGUGUCUUUAGAGGGGUUGCUCGGGUGAGGACAGCUGUUCACACAUAUUUCAGUGCCCCUUUGCAGGCUUUGUAACAUGCUUUGCAUUGACAUCCCGUUGCCUCAUUCAAGCUUUGUAUUUUACUCCACCAGAGCACUGUUUGCUGAGAGCCCCCAUACAUCUCUCACUCCUCAUUGAAGUACUGUGUUUUCUAAAGCUUCUUUUUCAUGCACACAGGUGCCUCAAGUUUGAGUGUAGGAGCUUCAAGGAACGGAGCAGCAUAUAUGCAAAUGCACAGAUGCACUCUUGCAAAAAGAAGUAUGCAGUAUUGUGUUCAGUGUGGAUAUAUGCAAUACACAGUGUGUGGUAGUAAAGCCAUUCAGAGCCUGACCUUGAUGCACACUGUAUUUCCAAGACUAUUUGUACCACUUGCUGUUGUGAUUGACGUGAAAUAGUCUGAUAUUAAAGUUUAUUUUUAUUAUAAACUCACACUCUGAAGAAAAUGUGGAGUAAAUGUUGAGAAAAGAACUCCAGCAAGGGAAGAAGAAUGGCUGUACUUAGGAGUGCUUGUACUGGGUGUAUGAUGAAGCGUGAAGUAUCAGGAUGGAAUGGCUUCUGAGGUUUGUAUUGAACCACAGUCUCCCUGUCCUUAUGCUGUUGCUGUUUAUUAAUGUGGAAUAGCAAGAUGAUAUCUACAGAUUUCUUCCAGCAUUGCAGUGCAGGUGUGCUUACAGAGCAUUUUGUUGGUGCACUCUGACUUGAAUUAUUUGCAUGGCUCCAUUCAAUAGAAACCACCGUUGUUACAUGCCACGUGGAACAGAAAGCGUUUCCUUUCUAUUAAAAUAAAUCAUACCUUGAUUCUGUUGGA